CCUGAGAGCUCCUCGGACUCGCUCAGCUCAGGGGGCAGUGACUCGGAUGAGAGUGUUUACAAGGUGCUGCUGCUGGGGGCGCCCGGCGUGGGCAAGAGCGCUCUGGCGCGCAUCUUCGGUGGCUUAGAGGACGGGCCUGAAGCAGAGGCCGCAGGGCACACGUAUGAUCGUUCCAUCAUGGUGGAUGGAGAAGAGGCAUCGCUCAUGGUCUAUGACAUUUGGGAGCAGGAUGGGGGCCACUGGCUACCUGGCCACUGCAUGGCCAUGGGGGAUGCAUACGUCAUCGUCUAUUCAGUGACGGACAAGGGCAGCUUCGAGAAGGCCUCAGAGCUGCGGGUCCAGUUGCGGCGGGCGCGGCAGACGGACGACGUGCCCAUCAUCCUCGUGGGCAACAAGAGCGACCUGGUGCGCUCCCGGGAGGUCUCCUUGGAUGAGGGCCGGGCCUGUGCGGUGGUCUUUGACUGCAAGUUUAUUGAGACCUCAGCUGCACUGCACCACAACGUCCAGGCGCUGUUCGAGGGCGUCGUGCGCCAGAUACGCCUGCGCAGGGACAGCAAAGAGGCCAAUGCGCGCCGGCAAGCGGGUACCAGGCGGCGAGAGAGCCUCGGCAAGAAGGCGAAGCGCUUCCUGGGCCGCAUCGUAGCACGCAACAGCCGCAAGAUGGCCUUCCGAGCCAAGUCCAAGUCUUGCCACGACCUCUCGGUGCUCUAGGCCUCAAGGGCACUCCCUGCGUUGUGCAGAUCAUUGGACAGACUGGUGGGCUAGCCCAGACUCCGGUAUCCCCCGCCUCAUGGUCAUGGACAGACAGGGCUGCCCAGGGAGGUGGCUUCCACUGGCCGUCGAGGGCUGGGCCCAAAGAGGCGCUUGGGCAGGCCCAUGUGAGUCCCAAGCAGCAGCCCGAGCCCAGCUCCUGGGACAGCUCUGUGUGUGGGGAGAGGACGCUGCCUCUCUCUCCACGUGGUGUGCAUGCCCUGGAGGGUGGCUGUUCAGUGCGGUGGCUAUUUGUUUACAGGCAGAUUUUUGUAAUAAAGAUUAUUUCCUGAUA